GACGAGAGCAAUAACAGCGAGGCCGCACGCGACGUUUCCGGCCACGAGGUUGGGGGGGGCUAACUAAACCCAUCCGCGCACUCAAUCUUGAGCAGAUGCUGAGUCGGCAUAGUAUCGACUGAGGCCAGUCGUCAUGGAGCCUGCAGCAUCGCCGACUCGAGCCGCCCGACCUUUAGCGGUCAAGCAUAAGGGCCGGUUCCCCGGAUCGAGACCGUUUCCCAGCCGGGACACAAACACAUACACAAGUACAAGCUCGGCCGAGAUCACUUCAUACCCCGCAUGGCCUCCUCGCCGAUCCGUCGUCGGGAUCCGCGGUUGUACCGGUCUUGUUCAGUCCGCCGCUCCCAAGUCUAAGUCACCGCCGCCGUUAUGGCGCUCCUCAUCAACGGCCACCCUCGUUCAGUCCGUGUUGAUUUUAGUCGGUGGCAUCGCGACAGCCUUCGCGGAAGGAACCGGCAUUCUUGACGUCACUUUGGACGCGGAGGAACAGGACGUGCAGCUGCAGGAAGGGCCCGACGCAUACAUCGGAGAACCAACAAAGCUCGAUCAGGUUGGCCGGGCACCGCAGCACUCCGGCACAUGGAUUCUGGGGCUAGGAAUUUAUAUCCCGCUCGGCCUCUUCCUUUUGUUGUUCCUCUUUGCUCUCACCUACUCGUUCAAGCGGCGCUCACGAAUACCAAGGUCAAAAGCUACGGGAUCCUCCCGGUUCAUACAAUCCGCCAUCGCAAUGUUCUCCUUCACGUUGCUAUUGUGGAUUACUGGGUUCUGUCUCAGGGCCGCUUCGGGUGACUACGAUCAUUCAGCCGUCUCGCGGACAUCGUGGCAGCCGAAUCAGACUGUUGCCCCCGCCCCCGUCUUUACCAUUCCAGCUUCUGCCACCUUGGGCCGGAACGUCUUGCCCAACAUCAUCGAUCCCGAAGCAGUCGACCCCCAGACUGUUUGCCCGGGCUACAAGGCCUCCAACAUCGACGAGACCGAGGGUGGCUUCACGGCGGAAUUGGACCUCGCUGGACCUGCGUGCAACGUCUAUGGAAACGACAUUGAGCACCUUUCUCUGUCUGUCGACUUCCAAGCCGAUGAUCGUGUUCAUGUCGAUAUCCGGCCCCGUUUCAUCAGCCCGGAAAACGAGAGCUGGUUCCUCCUUCCGGAGGUGCUCGUCCCGCGGCCUCCUCGCGGUGCUCGGUAUCAGCAAUCCGACUCCGCCUUGAUUGUGUCCUGGUCGAACGACCCUACCUUCUCCUUCUCCGUCAAGCGCAGAGAGACGAAUGACACUCUCUUCUCGACGGAAGGGAAGGUUCUCGUUUAUGAGGACCAAUUCGUCGAAUUCGCGUCUGCGCUCCCCGAGCGCUACAAUCUGUACGGCCUCGGCGAAGUCAUCCAUGGCUUCCGCCUUGGCGAUAAUUUGACGAGAACUUUGUUCGCUGCCGACGUCGGGGACACCAUCGACGCGAACCUCUACGGCAGCCAUCCGAUCUAUCUUGACACGAGAUAUUUCGUUGCUGACGACUCGGGUGAGUUGACCUAUGUCCAGAACACGACGGACAAGGCGAACAAGUACGUCUCGUACACGCAUGGCGUGUUCCUCCGGAACGCCCAUGCGCAGGAGAUCCUCCUGCGACCGUCGAGCGUCACGUGGAGGACGCUGGGCGGGAGCAUUGACUUGUACUUCUACAGUGGUCCGAAGGCACAGGACGUCAUCCGAGCCUACCAGCAGACCGCAGUCGGAUUGCCCGCCAUGCAGCAGUACUGGUCCCUUGGCUUCCACCAGUGCCGCUGGGGAUACAAGAGUUGGGCAGAGGUGGAGGACGUCGUCGACAAUUUUGCCAGAUUCGAGAUACCACUGGAGACGAUCUGGACCGACAUCGAUUACAUGAAGCAGUACCGAGACUUUGAGAAUGAUCCGGUGCGCUUCGGGUACACCGAAGGCUCCAAGUUUCUCGCAAAGCUUCAUGCCAACCAUCAGCAUUACGUUCCGAUCAUCGACUCCGCCAUCUAUGCCCCCAAUCCCGAGAAUCCGGACGAUGCCUACCCUCCAUAUGAUCGCGGAGUUGAGGCCAAGGCCUUUAUGUUGAAUCCAGAUGGCUCCAUAUACUACGGAGCCGUUUGGCCUGGCUAUACAGUAUUUCCCGACUGGGUGGGAGCUGUGCUUGAUGGCGGCGGGGCGAUCGACUGGUGGAUUGACGAGAUAUUGAGGUAUUCGAAGAAGGUGGCUUUUGACGGGAUAUGGAUCGACAUGUCCGAGGUUUCGUCAUUUUGCGUCGGAAGCUGUGGAACCGGGAACUUGACGCUGAACCCAGCCCAUCCGCCUUUCGAGUUACCCGGAGAGCCGGGCAAUCUGGUGCUGCAAUACCCGGAGGGCUUCAACUCCACAAACUCGUCCGAAGCGAUGUCGGCCUCGUCUGCAUCGCGCCAGCAGGAGGCAGCGACAGCAACUACGCAGGCCCCGACCUCGACGUCUUAUUACCGCACCACGCCAACGUCGGGAGCGAGGAACGUGAACUGGCCGCCUUACGUGAUUAACAACAGCAACGGCGAGCUGGCAGGGCAUGCGGUGAGCCCCAACGCAACGCACCAUGGCGGCUACCUUGAGUACGACGUGCACAACCUGUUCGGCCACAUGAUCCUCAACGCCACGUACCAAGCCCUGCUGAAGGUGCACGAGGGCAAACGGCCUUUCAUCAUCGGGCGCAGCACAUUCGCCGGCUCCGGGAAAUGGGCAGGGCACUGGGGAGGCGACAAUGCCGCCCUUUGGGCGUACAUGUACUUCAGCAUCCCACAGGCCUUGUCGUUCUCCAUCUUCGGCAUCCCCAUGUUCGGCGUCGACACCUGCGGGUUCGCCGGCAACACCGACUACGAGCUGUGCUCGCGGUGGAUGCAGCUCAGCGCCUUUUUCCCCUUCUACAGGAACCACAACAUCCUCGGCGCCAUCAGCCAGGAGCCGUACGUCUGGAGCAGUGUUGCCGAGGCGACCAAGACGGCCAUGCGCAUUCGGUACUCGCUGCUCCCCUACAUGUACACGCUCAUGGCGCGGGCGAGUCUGGAGGGCAGCACCGUGAUGCGGGCAUUGGCGUGGGAGUUCCCCGCCGAGCCUUGGCUUGCAGAUGCGGACCGGCAGUUCAUGCUGGGCAGCGCCCUCAUGGUCACCCCGUGCUUGGAGCAGGGCGCCUCGACCGUCGGCGUCGUGUUCCCCGGCGUCGGCGACGGCACCGUCUGGUACGACUGGUACACCCUGGCGGCCGUCAAGGGGGUUGAGCCUGGCCAGAACGUUACAAUUGACGCCCCGCUCGGCCAUAUCCCGCUGUAUCUGCGCGGCGGCAACGUGGUCCCCACCCAGGAGCCGGGAAUGACCACCACGGAGAGCCGCAGGAAUCCGUGGGGGCUCAUUGUGGCGCUGGAUAGGGACGGCUCGGCCGAGGGUGAGCUUUACCUGGACGACGGCGAGAGCUUGGAACCGGACGCUGUGACGUGGGUGCAUUUCUCCGCCACGAACAACUCGGUCGCUGCGCGGCCGGAAGGCAACUACGUCGACACCAACCGCCUCGCGAAUGUCACCGUCUUGGGGCUCCCCGAGGCUCCCUCGAUGGUCUGGUUGAAUGGGAAUCUGCUUGCGACCUCGCGCUGGAGCUACUCCGCAGAUAGCGCCGUCCUGUCCGUGCAGGGGCUGCAUGACCUGUCCCCGGAAGGGGCCUGGGCGGCGGCGUGGGAACUUACGUGGGAGUAGGCGUCGGUCCUAGGUAACGGUAUUGCUGGGCGUCUGGAGUAGGGGAUCGCGGGCUUGGGCUUCGGAGGGUAUCCUGAUUUGCUUUUGUUCUAAUCAGCGCCAGGAGGGAUGUUAUGGGUCGAAGGGUAGGGGGAUAAGGUGAGGACCCGGGCCUCUGGACAAUAAUGAUUAUACUGUAUAGACUCUUGUGAUGUUUACCGUGUAGUCUGUGAUGAGUGGCGGGAGCUUCUGCUGGCCAGCUUCCUGUCGUAGUUACACAAAUACCGCAUACGCGCAUGUACGGCACCUUCGUCUUUA